UCCAACAAUAACCCUAAUAAUAAUAAUACUAAUGAUAACAACAAUUAUCUCAAUAAUGUUUACGCCGCCAACAAUACCGCCGCCGACACCGGGACAGUACCUCCCAGUCCACUGUUACGUAUCAACCGUAUGGCCUAUAGUCUACCAAAUUUUAACGCCCGUUUCCGUCGGUCAUCGCAAAUACCGGGUGCCCGACCAAAAAGUAUGACCAGCGAACGGGUACUGGAAAAAGUCAAACCCCAAUGCAAAUCACCAGUAGAUAUGCUGAAAGGUUGGUUUCCGGCCAUCGGUUGGCUAUCGAAAUACAAUCGCCAGGAUCUGGUACCCGAUGUUGUGUCCGGUGCUACUAUUGCCGUAUUUCAAGUGCCCGAAAGUAUGGGCUAUAGUCUACUGGCUCAGGUAAAGCCAGUCUAUUGUCUUUAUUCAUCAUUUUUUCCAAUACUAAUCUACUCAUUGAUGGGAACUUCCCGACAUUGUUCAGUGGGCACAUUUGCGGCACUGGCCAUAAUGACCGGUGCCAUUAUCAAUCAGGUCAGGGAGGGCUACGAUGAACACAAUGUUAUGUUGUCCUCACAUACAAUGGCAUUCAUACGCAAUGCCAGUGAGAUAUCAUCAUCGGCUACCGGUGCUCCCGAACAGUACCGAUACACCAAAGAGGAGAUUGCCAUUGUUUGCUCGUUUAUCAUUGGAUGCUAUCAAUUGAUAUUUGGAUUUUUAAGGCUCGGCUUUGUCUCUGUCUAUAUGUCUGAACAGUUUUUGAACGGCUUUACCUGUGCGGUAGCUUUUCAUGUAGUUGGCUCCCAAUUUCAGCAUAUGUUUGGCCUGGAAACCAAACCGGUUAACGGUGUGUUUACAUUGGCCAAAGAGAUUGCGGCCGUAGUGGCCAACAUCGCCGAUACAAACCUGGCAUCGCUUAUCCUAUCGAUUAUCUGUACAGUGAUAUUGUUAGCAUUCAAACUGUAUGUUAACAAAUUGAUUGCAAAAAAGUUCAAUAUUAAAGUGCCAUUUCCCAUCGAAAUAUUCAUAGUAAUCGGUUCGGUAAUAGUAUCAAAUCUGAUGCAACUGGAGUCCAACUACGGUGUCAAAGUGGUCGGCCAUAUCGAUCGUGGAUUACCGACACCGGCCGCACCCUGGAAUUAUUGGCCACUAUUUAGGCGGGUAUGGUUGCCGUGUAUACCCCUGUCGGUAGUGUCCUAUGCUAUCACCUAUUCAGUGGGCAAAUCGUUUGCCAUUAAACACGACUACGAAAUCGAUAGUUCCCAGGAGUUGAUAGCACUGGGCGGUAGUAAUUUGUUUUCAUCGUUUUUCCGAUGUAUACCAGUGGGCGCCUCCCUGUCCCGUAGUGCCGUCCAGGAGGGUAGCGGUGGCCGCACACAGUUGGUCUCACUGAUCAAUUGUGUGGGUAUUUGUGCCGUUUUGCUAUAUUUCGGUUCAUUUCUUGAACAACUACCCGAUUCAGUGUUGGCCACAAUAAUAUCGGUUGCAUUGAGAGCCAUGUUAUUAGAGAUACGGUUAUUCAAAAAUUAUUGGGAUGUCAGCAAAAUUGAUGGGUCUAUAUGGUUGGUAACGUUUCUAUCGGUAAUCAUAUUGGACAUCGACUACGGCCUAUACAUUGGACUAAUUUGGUCGCUGAUUACGUUGAUCUACAAGAGUCAACGUCCCCGUAACUAUCUAUUGGGAACGGUAGGCGACCAGAUGGACGUGUUUGUACCGUUGGGUAAAUAUGUUAACGCACGUGAGGUGCCUGGGAUCAAGAUAUACCAGUUUUGCGGACCCCUACACUUUGCUAAUGUCGACUACUUUACCGAAGGACUUGUCCAGAAAAUUGGAUUUUCGCCAAAAGAAAUCAAAGAAAAAAUGGCAAAACUAGAGAAAUCGCACAAACGAUUGUCGGAUAUAAAUACCAUCGGAAAGCCUACUACUACUACUACCGGUGCCGACACCACUACAGAUACAAUAACUUUACGCCAUAUGAAAACACGUCACUCGUAUAACAUGAAUACCGCUGAUACCCAUCAUCAUCAUCAUCAUCAUCAUCAUAGCUAUGAGCUCCCGGAGCUGCCCACCCACAUGAUCAUUGACUGUUCAAUGUUUUCCUAUAUCGAUACCGACGGUAUCAAAACCUUGAAACGGACAAUAGCCGACUUCGGCUAUAUCGGACUGAAAACAUUGUUGGGCGGUUGUCCGUCGCAUGUGACCAAACAGUUGGAAAGGGAUCACUUUUACGCUGCCGUACCCGCUCAUCAUAUCUACAUAAGCAUCUACGACGCCCUACAGUACGCUCUGCAACAACGCGAACAACAACCGCCUCAGCACGUGGUGUUGGCAACGUUACAUGAGGUCGAAUCGGAUGGCGAACCGGUAGCUGACUCAGUCGUCAAGACUAAUCAGGGAACGGUAGCCAAUGGUGUCCAAAAUAGAGGAUAUAUUGGCGGCGGCGGCGGCGGCGGCGGCGGCGGUGGAGUCGGCGGCCGAUCGUACGAUAGUUUCGAUGAGAUUCGCAUCGAUUUUGAACCGCAAUUUGAUAAGAAAAUUAGUUUUCAAAGUAAUGGUUUAUGAGAGUGAGUGAGUGAGUGGGUGAGUGAGUGAGAGAGAGAGAGAGAGCUACAGGUGCUAACCUGAACUAACUAAAUUGAGAUACUUGUGCUCAUAUAUAUGUUUUUUUUAAUGUGUUUAUAAUGUUGUAAUGAUAUUUGUUAUAUAAGAAUAUUAUUAUUA